AUGCCUCUUGAACCAGGCGUAGCUCGUCAUCCCAUCACCACCGUGCGGACGCCCUCCACCCGCCGUCUCAUCGUCUCGAGUCUUAGCGUCGAGAGCUUCACCAGCAGUUCAGACGCCGGCACGACGAGCUUCACCAGCCUUCCAGACGCUGGUCCAUCACCUCAGAACGUCGACGGUAUCACGUUGGAUGAUCUGAAAGACUGGAUCGUCUACCUUGCUGAGAUGGUCAUGAGCGAUGGCACAGUCGUGUCAUACGGGGGCGUCAGCACCGCCAGGUUCGGCUCAACACAGCGCCUCUCCGUUGUGGCUGCAACGUGCAAGUGA